AUGCAGCAGCGGGUACUGGAGGUCCUCUGCUCCACACUGCUGCUUCUUGCUGUGGUGCCCUCUGUGUACUCGCAGUCAGAUUGUUCUCAAGCAGAGUCAUGUGACCUGUGCGUUGGAUACUCCAUGCUCAACCUGACAGGCUGUGUCUGGAGGCUUUGUCCAGAUGGUAACGACACAGGCAUGUGUGUGACUGAUGACGGCAGCUCAGUAGACAACACCAUGAACUGCAGCUGGACUAGAGUGUCUGAGCUGUGCACAGUUGUGGAGACUGUAGCUGAGGGACGAGGCGAGGGUGACACAGGUGAUGGAGGCAGCACCAACACACCCCCACAGUUCUCCCAGGCCAAGUUUGACAUGUCCAGUUUCAUUGGAGGCAUCAUACUGGUUCUGUGCGUGCAGGCGGGCGGCUUCUUUGCCAUGCGCUUCCUCAAGUCCAAAGAGCAGAGCAGCUAUGACCCAAUCACCUCCUGGUGGCAAGACUGCUCAACAGCAGCCAGUAAACAAAGAGAUCCACCUUUAACAUCCCUGUAG